AUGCCUCCACCAUCGAAGCUCGCCGUUGCGACGUCCUCCCUGGCCCGCUUGGUCAAGGAGGAAGCUAGCUACUACAAGGAGAUGGAGCAGCAAGAAGCCCGCAUCAAGAAGCUCGAGGCUGGCAGCGACGAAGACAACGCAGAGUACCUGCUCAAGCAAGAGAAACAAGGCCUUGAGGAGACCAAGAACGUGAUACCGAACGUGCGCUCUAAAAUUAGAGACGCGCUCGAGAAGCUGGAAGAACAGCUUGAAAGCAACAAGGAGGCAGGAGGCGAGGCUUCAACAGAGCAGGUCACGAAGGCGAAAGAGGCGAUCGAGAAGGCAAAGGUGGCUCUUCGCGAGUCUGCAUGA